AAGAUCUGAAUACCGGCUCUAGUGUGUCUAAAGUCCAGUGUGCAUAUUGUGUGUUUCCGAACGUAACUCAAGUAGAACAUCGGCAUGGCCGCUUCGAAGCUCUUCUAUGAUUUAAUUUUGUGAUCUAACGGAGCGCGAUGUCGGAUCCGGAACUCGAAGCGUUACGACAGCAACGACUGGCUCAAUUGCAGUCUCAAUACAAGGGUAACAAUGUCGAUAAUAAGCAAGCAAUGGAAGAGAGAAUGCAACAGAUGGAAGAUAUGAGGAACUCUAUAUUAACUCAGGUUUUAGAUCAAUCGGCCAGAGCAAGAUUGAAUACACUUUGUCUUGGAAAACCAGAGAAGGGAAAAAUGGUAGAAGAAAUGCUCGUAAAUAUGGCACAACGUGGUCAAAUAGCUGGUAAACUUGGAGAAAAAGAACUGAUUAGUUUACUCGAGAGUGUAAAUCAGCAAACACAGAGGAAAACAACCGUCAAAUUUGAUAGAAGAAGAGCAGCCUUGGAUUCUGACGACGAUAUGGAGUUAUAGCAACUGUGCAAAUUUUGUAUUUAUGAUUGCUAAAUAAUCAGUGAAUUUUAGCACUUUU